GGCCUACAAACCAUGCCGUGUCGAGACCACAAACAGAUAAACAUAUUCAUGUGGCCCUAAUGGACACAAUUACAAACCUGACGGUGUUGUCGUCGUUCUCUUCACAUCUGCCAGCGAUUCUCCUGCGUACACGUGCACCAUACCCGUCAUGAAGAGAGGAGGACUUCCCGUGUUCCUGCUGUUAUCCGUGGUACUUUUGUCAACGGUUCCAACAACUUUUGGAUCCACGGCGAUUGGUGUUAUCCUUGACGACUCCGCCCAGAUCGACGACGAUCAUCUCGCGAGACUCUUCGCGAGAGUUGACGUGCAGGAUGACGGAAACGUCACCGAGGAGGGGCUCCGGCCGGUGGUGGCCCGCAUCUCCGGGGACGAUCCGUCAGCAGCUAUCUGGCACGGAUGUCGGCUUGUAGAAGAAGGCGUCUUAGCUCUCCUAAGCUCGACCGGGUGCCGGUCGUUAUUGGUGAUCAACAGCGUGAGCGCCACCUUGCGGAUUCCCCAUGUCGCUACACCCGUGCGGUCCUGUCCGACGGGAGUGAUGCCCCGUGGUGAGAGCAUCGCCGUGCCCUACACGUUCAACAUGCGGCCCCGCCCGGAGAUGCACGCACGGGCGCUCAGGGACAUGGUCAACACCUUAACGUGGACCAUGGUCACGUUUAUAUACGAUCAUGACGACGGCCUGACUGUGAUGAAGAACCUGUUAGAACAGCUGGUUGCUGACGGCAGGCCGCUGAACGCCGUGUUCCUGAAGAUCGAGUGGGACACGGAGGACGAUCUGCGCCGCACGACCGACGAGCGCGUACGGAAUCUCCUGGAACAGGGGAUCAAACCCACCUCUUUCAUCGUGUACGGCCGGUCUGCUCUGGCAAGGACCAUUCUGCAGAAGGCGGACAAGUACAGCUUACUGACAAGGGAAACUCAAUGGAUCAUCCUGCAGGAGGAGUCCGUCAAGGUGCCCAAACUGUUCGCUACAGGGAUCGUGACGUUUUUCAGACUGACUUUCUCCCGAGCUACCUACUCACCCCGCAGCAAGGUCCACUCCCUGUACAUGCAGGACGCGGUGUCCUUACUGCGCGAGUCCGUGCCAGAGGCGCACGCCUCGGUAGCGUGGGCUCCCUCCUCCCCACCUUCCUGCGGGUUCGGCCCCAACAAGGUGCUGAAUGAGGACAGGAAACUAACCAGGAUCCUCGCUACGAGUAAGACCACCGGUGUGUCCGGUACGGUCCAGUUUGACGAUGCGGGGUGGAACAACUCCUCCAGAUGGGAGAUCAUCAACGUGGAGUUCAUGGACAGGAACGGCACGAUAGCGCACAAGAUCGGCAGCUGGGACGCGGAGCGCGGCCUCCAGCUGAAGGAGCCACUGUUUACCCGCCAUGCCGUCACCGACAGGCUACUCAGGGUGUCCGUGGUCGUGGAAGAACCGUUCGUGAUGAAGCGGGACACACCGGCCGGCCCGGUGUUCUACGGCUUCUGCAUCGACAUUCUGGACCAGAUGGCGAAAGACCACAACUUCCGCUACGACAUCUACGAAACUCCGGACAGGAAGUUCGGCGUGCAGCUCGACAACGGCAGCUGGAACGGAGCUAUCGGGCAGGUGCUGUCCAGGCACGCAGACAUCGCCGUGAGUGACCUGGUCAUCUCCGCCCAGCGGGAGGAAGUGGUAGACUUCACCAAGCCGUACCUGGACUACGGCGUGCGGCUGAUCCUGAAGAAGCCAGUGGACAAGGAGCAGAACUGGUGGGGCUUCCUGGCGCCGCUGGACGGCACGGUGUGGUGGUCCAUCCUCGGCGCCGUGUUCGGGGUCUCCGUGCUGCUCUACAUACUCCACAGGUACAGCCCUUACGGCUCCUACAAGCAGCCGCACGGAGAAGAGAAGCACCAUUCAGACCUGAAGGAGACGGUCUGGUUCAUCAUAGGAUCACUCAUGCAACAAGGUGGUGAGCCUAUCCAAAACUUCAUCUCCGGGCGCAUCCUGAGCACAUUCUGGUGGUUCUUCGUGCUGAUCAUCAUCGCCACCUACACGGCUAACCUGGCGGCGUUCCUGACCGUGUCCCGCAUGGACAUCCCGGUCCGCUCCGUGCAGGACCUGGCGGGGCAGGUCAAUAUCAAGUACGGCACGGUCAGGGACAGCAACCUGCAGUCCUUCUUCAGGUCCCGGUCGCGAGAGGGCGGCAUGUACGAGCGGAUGUGGAACUUCAUGGUCGGAUCCGAGCCCUCAGCCUUCGUGGACACCACAGUGGAGGGGCUGGAGAGGGUUCAGCAGGGAGGGUACGCCUUCCUGUGGGACACCGCCGUGCUGGAGUACGAGAAAAACCGGAAAUGUGACCUGAUCAUUGUGGGAGAUCCGUUCUACAAGGGCGGCUACGGCUUCGCCAUGCCACGCGGUGCACCCUAUCGGGACGACCUGUCCAUGACGAUCCUGCGGAUGCAGGGCAGUGGUCACAUAGAGAAGCUGCAGACAAAAUGGUGGACCACCAACAGCACGUGCUCAGACGAGGAGGCCACCGUGGUGGAAACCACAAAGGUGGAGUUUGUGGGGAUGGCGGGCGUGUUUGCCGUGCUGCUGAUGGGCUGUGCCCUGUCGGUCAUCGCGCUGCUGAUGGAGAUGCUCUGGCACCUGUUAGUGACCAAACAGCACGGCACUCCGGACAGGCACAGUCCGGCAGAGAUCCCGCCACCACAACUACCGAACGGAGACCUCUUCGUCUGAGCUAGUGGACAUAGCCAUACACAAUAGGUUUUAAGGAGGGGGGGGGGGCACAUUUCAGCUUUUCAAGAGUUAGGCCAUGUUGAUUGGAUUACAUGGAUUACAAUAUCAAAGAAAAUGGUCUAUGACAUUAGUAUUGUACGCUUUCUGAUAUUCAUUUUGCAAUCCACGGCAUAUAUUUGCUUAUUUUGAAGCUGCUUUGGACGAUUUUCAGUAUGGUUGAAACCUUUUUUAUGUAUUUUUGGAAAAUUGAUGCGCGCGCGGAUGUCAUACGUAUAAUCAAAUCAACAUGGCAUGAUGUCUAUCUUUCUGUGUUAUUUUAACAGGGUAAGCUCCCAUCAGUGACUAACACUGCUUUUCAUGGAGGCCCUGGGUACACAUACAAAUAACACAUACAUGUAAAUACAAUACAAUAUUUACAUAGUGCAAAAUAUCCUCUAAAACAAAAUCAUGUUCUUACUCAUGUCCAUGUCAUAUCUGCGACAAGUCGUUAAGGGGAUGGAGGUCAGAGGUUUUCACAAUUUUCUUGCACAGUGUUUUAAGUGUUUGUGUGGAUCAUGCAGUUUUAACAUCUAGUGGCAGUUUAUUCCAGCUUUCUGCACCUCUAUAUGUAAAUGUUCUUAUGAUACUUGAAAGAAGGUAUUACUUCAAUGUGAGUUCAAGAUAGAUACGUAGUUAGUUGUUCAUUUUCUAGCUGUAGCUUUUUAGAAGUACCAAAGGGCAUUGAUUUGCACUUGUUGAUGUUGCAUUAGCUGCUUACCAAAGAAGGCAAAGUCAGCAUUGUGAUUACUUGUGAAUUUGUGCCCGAAGUUUUUCCCUAAGAGUUAGUGGCUUGCCAAAGAAGGCAGAGUAAGCAAUUUUAAGCCUUGUACAGCGGCUAAUGUGAAUAUGUGAAUAUGCGCCGUUUUACUGAACAGCCCUUCCUUUUGAUUUCCCAGUAACGAACUUCCUCAUUUUCCUCAGAAGCCUGUUCUCUGAUGCUAGUCAACAGCCCAAGUGAUAGCAUGUAAGAUGUCUUAACCUUCUCCUGGGAGACUUAAUAUAGACAUCAUGGCCAUCAGUUCACUGGGAAAUGUUGUUAGCAUUUCCACCAAAACCUAGUUUUCAAUUCAAGCAUAUUCCUACCAUAUCUCCGUUCGUGUAAGUCAGCCAAUUCACACAGCAGCUCCACUGCUAUAAUCUACAUGGAGCGUUGAUGGUAAACCUGACUUGUACCCGUAUUCAUGCAAAUAUGCACAUGGUCUUAACGUUCAAGGGCACAUGAACAACACAUUAAUAUUGAUGAGAUGACGUAAGUUAUUGUCUUCCUACAGAGAGGAAGCGAUUAUGUCAAGCUUGCUUACCAAGCGUGAAUGCGCAACUAGCAGAGUUGUGAAUCUAUAGCUUUUAUGUGAUUCUAUAGAUACUCAGUGAUACUCCCCUUGUCAUCGCCUCUCGAUACCUCAGUCUGUAGUGUUACCGCCCGGGCCAUGACCACUGAAUGUCGUUGAAUUAUUCCACUGCGUUAAUGUAGUCCAUCCAGCGGAAUGUGUUAGCUUGUAGAAUUUAGGUCAACCGCAGAAUGGCUCUUCAGAUCUCAUUGAGAAGCCCGGCGGGACGAAUUCACCCUGCUCACGGAUAUGUUCUGCCUUGCGCCUGUCCUUGGUGCUGAACUUAAGUACAAAUGUCAUUACUGUUCUUCUUGCAAUGAUUGUUCUCGCUAGAUAUACGUUCCUACAGAUGAAUUCACAUAUUUGGUAUACGACACGGCUGCGUAUAUACCUGUAGCUAGUGGGGU